AUGACCAACAAGCCGCAGCUCCAGCCUCCCUUCGUGGAUAUUCCUGGCCUCGCAAACUUUCGAGAUAUAGGCGGGUGGCCAAUCGAGGAUGGGAAGGGGGUGGUGACCGGUACUGUUCGGAAGGGUGUCUUCUACAGGGGUCCGGACACCACUACCGUGACUAAUGAAGGGGUGGUCAAGCUCAGAAGUUUGGGGGUUACUACAGAUUUUGAUCUGCGGUCAAAGGGGCAAAUAGAAAAAGCAAGUGGCUUCAAAGAACUUGAAGGUAUUGAGAGGGUGUGGUGUCCUGCUUUUCCGGAUGGUGAAUACUCGCCCGAGAAAGCGGCUGCGAGAUAUGUGCUCUAUGCAAGUGAUGGCACGGAGGGCAUCGUUGAAGCCUUCACUGAGAUUCUCACUCAUGGCGCACCCGCCUGUCGAACCAUGCUUCUACACAUAUCAUCCAUGUCUUCUGAUUCCCCAACAGCAUGUUAUAUCCACUGCACAACGGGCAACAACCGAUCCGGUGUCUUUGUCGGAAUCAUCCUCUCUCUCCUCGGCGUCAAAGCGGAACUUAUUGCCGAAGAAUACAAACUCUCAGACAUCGGCCUCCAACCCAUUCGAGAAGGCGUUGUUGAUCGCCUUAUGAAGAGCCCAGUAUUUGCUCGAUCUGGAGGUGGUGGACGAGAAAGAGCGGAGAGAAUGGUGGGUGCUAGACCAGAGAGCAUGUUGGCUAUGCUGGAGAUGGUCGAGAAGAAAUGGGGUGGGCCAGAGAGAUAUGUGAAGACCAUGUGUGGGCUGACGGAUGAGGAUUUGGCGAAGGUUAGAAGGGUUUUGGUGAAGCCGAAUGUGGUGGUAACGGAGAGGAGAAAGUCGAGGGCUUGGGAGACAUCAAAGGAGAUUUUGAGCCGGUUGAGGAAUGCUUUCAGUGGUUGA